AACUGUAAAAUUCACAUGCGAACUCAAGUAGUAUGUUCACAAACUGAUGGGAAGAUUUCCUCAGAAUUUUUUUCAUAUUGUUAUCACCAACACAUGUGGUUGACCAUGUACAUAUUUUGUCACACUUUUUAUCAAUCUAUCCGAUUCCGAUAGUUUUUUGUUGAGUUUCCCGUGGGAUGAAUGUCGUAGGUAGAAGUAGUUGCCUGAGUAUAAAUGGAGGAUCAUCAGGAUUCCGCGGAGCUUAAUUUCGAUCCGGUAUGGCAGAAAGCGCAGUGUCUGAAUAUAUGUGAGGUAGAACAGCUUCUACGACAGCCUUACGCCCGUUUGGUUGAGUCGGGUCGUACUAGUGCUAAGACACAAUGCCUAGAGCAGAGUUAUAAGCAUGCACUCAGGUUUUCCAAAAUUACAGACCCUGAAGCCUUGACGGAGCUGCGUGCAGCACUCGAGGACUGGGAGCCACCUACUGCGGCUCAGGGAGGCAAGUUGCACAGCUUCGAGAUGGCGCAGUUGGUGUCGUUACUGCCAGAAAACGCGAGUGUGGCGAAAUCGUUGAUACCGAGUAUGUCACGAUAUAGUGACAAUGAUCUCGAUCAGCUGCUCGCUGACAUAACUACUUACAAGAGUUUUGGUGGCGGUAUGGGUCUGGAAGAGGACGGUCAAGACGAAUUGAUAUGAGACAUUAUAGAUCAUCCAACUUUCACUUG